GCACCCCCAGCGCGCCUCCCGCGGAGCCCUCCCCCGCACCGUCCGCUCGCCGGGUCCCCGCCGCGGCCCCGGGUUGCAGCCAGGCGGCCGCGCGGGGACCGCGGGACAGGGUGGAGGUGGGGGCAAGGGGCGGGGAUCCGGGCCGGGCUGGGGCCGCGCUGCCUGCGAUGCCGGGCGCCCGCCGCAGCCGCCGCCGCCGGAGCCCGGGAUGGGGCGAGAGGCUGCGGCGGACGCCAGCAUCUCCCCGCCGGGGGCCCCGGGGGCCGCGGAGCCGCCGCCGCCGCUGCUGCUGAGACCCAGCAGGCGAUGGGAUGAAGAUGAGACGCUACAAGCUCUUCCUCAUGUUCUGUAUGGCCGGCCUGUGCCUCAUCUCCUUCCUGCACUUCUUUAAGACCCUGUCCUACGUCACCUUCCCCCGGGAACUGGCCUCCCUCAGCCCGAACCUCGUGUCCAGCUUCUUCUGGAACAAUGCCCCCGUCACGCCCCAGGCCAGCCCAGAGCCGGGGAGCCCCGACCUGCUGCGGACCCCGCUGUAUUCCCACUCGCCGCUGCUCCAGCCACUGUCGCCAAGCAGGGCCACCGAGGAGCUCCACCGGAUGGACUUCGUGCUGCCCGAGGACACCACCGAGUAUUUCGUGCGCACCAAGGCCGGGGGUGUCUGCUUCAAACCGGGCACCAAGAUGCUGGAGAAGCCCCCAUCCGGGCGGCCAGAGAAGGCGGAGGGGGGCGAUGGCUCCUCCGCCCGGGGCCCAGUCCGGCACCUGCUGAGCGCCCAGGAGCGCGUGGGGAGUCGCGGCGCGCGGCGCAAGUGGGUGGAGUGCGUGUGCCUCCCGGGCUGGCACGGGCCCAGCUGCGGCGUGCCCACCGUGGUGCAGUACUCCAACCUGCCCACCAAGGAGCGCCUGGUGCCCAGGGAGGUGCCGCGGCGCGUCAUCAACGCCAUCAACAUCAACCACGAGUUCGACCUGCUGGACGUGCGCUUCCACGAGCUGGGCGACGUGGUGGACGCCUUUGUGGUGUGCGAGUCCAACUUCACGGCGUACGGGGAGCCGCGGCCGCUGAAGUUCCGGGAGAUGCUGACCAACGGCACGUUCGAGUACAUCCGCCACAAGGUGCUCUACGUCUUCCUGGACCACUUCCCGCCGGGCGGGCGGCAGGACGGCUGGAUCGCCGACGACUACCUGCGCACCUUCCUGACGCAGGACGGCGUGGCGCGCCUGCGCAACCUGCGGCCCGAUGACGUCUUCAUCAUCGACGACGCCGACGAGAUCCCCGCGCGCGACGGCGUGCUCUUCCUCAAGCUCUACGACGGCUGGACCGAGCCGUUCGCCUUCCACAUGCGCAAGUCGCUCUACGGCUUCUUCUGGAAGCAGCCGGGCACGCUGGAGGUGGUGUCGGGCUGCACGGUGGACAUGCUGCAGUCGGUGUACGGGCUGGACGGCAUCCGCCUGCGCCGCCGCCAGUACUACACCAUGCCCAACUUCCGGCAGUACGAGAACCGCACGGGCCACAUCCUGGUGCAGUGGUCGCUGGGCAGCCCCCUGCACUUCGCCGGCUGGCACUGCUCCUGGUGCUUCACGCCCGAGGGCAUCUACUUCAAGCUCGUGUCGGCCCAGAACGGUGACUUCCCCCGCUGGGGGGACUACGAGGACAAGCGGGACCUCAACUACAUCCGGAGCCUGAUCCGCACGGGGGGCUGGUUUGACGGCACGCAGCAGGAGUACCCGCCGGCCGACCCCAGCGAACACAUGUAUGCCCCCAAGUACCUGCUCCAGAACUACAACCAGUUCCGCUACCUGCUGGACAACCCCUACCAGGAGCCCAAGAGCACGGCGGAAGGUGCGCCGCGGAACAGGGGUUCGGACGGCCGGCCGCCCGCCAGGGCCAAAUCGGAAGUGAUGGAAGGCUAAGGUGGCGCGAUCUUACAGGGCCAGUGGCAGGGCAGCGGGUGGCGACUUCUGUCGUCUCCCUGACCUCAGAGGGGUUCUUGAGAGGACCAGGAGUGGAAGGGUGGGGGAAUCUUCCCUGUUCAAGCCCUUGUGAAUCAGGGCUCAGGCCUGCGAGCUCAAAAAGCAUCAUUCCUUGUCAGGAGAGGGAGACCAGCCCUUCCGCCCCCCAAGAGGGCUGUGGCCAGGAGGUGCCGUGGAGAGUGCAUGAAUGUCCCUGGGUGUCAGGGGAAGGUGGGGAAGGGCGCGGGAGGAACUCGCGCAGUGCUCCCGUGGGAGCUGAGGCCCCGCUGGGGAGAAGCCGGCUUUUGGGCUUCCUGGUGCUUUGGACCAGCAGUGGGAAGGGUGGGUGCCAGGAUGUCCCCGGGCUCUGUAAAUAAUUGCAUUUGGGCCCAAGAGGAAGAGGGGGCACCGAGAAAGGAGGGCAUAAACAUAGAGCAUCCAGUGGGGAAGUAGCACGGUGUCCUCAGAAGUCCAGGGCCAGAAGAGCCGCCUGCCCGCCCCACGGGGACACCACUGUGGUGGGUGCCAGCUGUAUGCCCCAGCCCUGCCCCAGCCCUUCCCCAGCUGACUCCUCUCUGGGGAGUGUGGGCCUGACUUCCAUGUUCCUUUUUACUUUCUACAUCGUUGUCUUGGGGGCUACCCGCUAGUCCUUGCAAGGCCAGGAGGUCAGUUCUCAGGGCGGCACAGGGCUCCAGCCAGCCCAGUAGGUCAGCCCCAGGGGCACCUCGUCACCCCUUCCCACUGGAGUCCACAGCCCUGGCUCUCCACCGUCUCAGGUGGAGUCGCCCCCGUGCCCCUCUCCGGUGCUGGCUGGGGGCCAGGAACGGGCCACGAGAGACAUGAUGGCCAGUUGUGUGUUAUCUCAUUCCUCUUAGUAUGCCUCGUGGGGGCAGGAGAUGGACCCACUGAAGUAGGUUCUAAGCUGCUGUAAUUAAGAGACGCCGAAAUACAGUGAGUGGUUUAAGCCAGACAGAAGCUUGUUUCGGAUUUAACCCCCUGGAGGGGAGGGGUCUGGACCGAGGAGGGCAGCUCUGCUUCCCUCGUGCAACCUUCCAGUUCCGGACGGGGGGCUCGCCCCGUUCCCAGCGGCACACGGGCACCCAGGCCCCGGGGGCCGGCAGAGAAAGGCAAGGGAAACGCAGAGCCUCUCCUGUUCGUGGCGUGAGCCAGAGAUGGCACAGUCACUUCUGAUGGCAUCUUGCUGGCCGCAGGCAGCUGCAAGGAAAGCUGGGCUGCCAUGAGCUCAGCAUCAGCUUAGUUCUCACGUUACAGGAAGGUGGAAAAGGUGGAUACAGGGGCUAGGGGGGAGAGGGUAGAAACGACUGUGGCAGUCAUAAGGUCAUCCUGCCUUGCGUGGAGCUCCUGGAACGACCCGCCCCCUCCCUGCCAGCCCGGGGCUGGGGUGCGCUGGGAGCCUGCGGUUAUAGGGAGGGUGGGCCACCCUCUCUCCGAGGCCCCAGUAGAUGCUUGCCCGGUGACGCCAGGACGCAGAGGCUGCCUGUGGAAUGGUGCGUGUGUGUGCGUGUGUAUUUAUGGGCAUGGGUGCAUGCUUGUGUGUACUUGUAUGUGUCUGUGUCGCUGUGUCCCUAUACAUAAUAUUUGUGUGUGGAUGGCCCCCUUCCCCGGAGUCUGGAGCCUGUGAUCACGCCUCCUGCAGCUCCCCAAAGUGACUGAGGCAGAAAACCCUUGGGGAGCCUGGAAAGCAAGGCUAAAGGGAAUGCAGGGUCCGUCCGUCCGUCCGUCUUUCAGUUCGAGGGAUGAGAAUCCUCCUGACCCAAGGGCUGGGCUGCAUAGCCACACGCCCACGACCUCCAAGCCCCGCUCGGCCCCACCCACAUCCUUCCACCCUGUGCUCUCUGGCCUCCAGCAGGGACUUUUUCUGGGUGUUCCUCAAUGGGCCAGACGAGGAGGGUGCCCCUUUCGCCACAGCUCCGUCUGCAGAAGUUCCUGCUGUGGGAGUGGUGAGGCAGCUGGCUGAGGAAGUCAGUCAGUCUCUGGGGCAGGAAUGAAGAAGGCUGAGGGGGCUCUAUUGCCCCCACUCUCCCUCCUGUCUCUAGAAGGACUGCCAGGGAACCCCUCUCAGAGUUACAGCAGCCCCCCGUCUCUGAUUCCUCUGGGGGCUGAGACAUGGCUCAGGAGGUCAGCCACCACCCCUGCUCACCCCUGGACAGGAAGCCUCAGGGGUCCGGAAUCGAGCCUGAGCCCCAGCCCAGACGCCUCCCUGCUGGCCAGCGUUCUCACCCCACGCGCCCUCCUGCUACUGCCAGGCACCCCCUCCCAGGCUGGCCUCCAGUUCACCAGCUCGGGCAAGGGAAGAAGGGUGGAGCUCAGACCUGCCAGGCCCGGCCUUUCCUUCUCAGACCCAGGAGGGCAUGUUCGUGGCCACUGUCAAGUGAGGCCUAGCCACCGGGCGGAGAUGACAGCUGUCAGAGGGGUGGGGGGCAAAGGCACGGGGUUGAAGAGUUUCACAUGUAAUCACACCACACACUGGGAAUUUGUGGGGGACAGGGGAGCCCUGGGCCACUCACCCAAUGCGAAGGGAAGCCAAACUGUGAACGUGAGUGCUGGUGUACCACUAGCCCUGACAACACACCCCCAUUUCUCUUCCCUGGGACACCUGCCCUACACCUGUCGGCCCAGGGAGGUGCAGCCCACCCACAGGCCAUGCCGGGUCCCGGGGUCAGGCAUGGGAGCGCUUUGGAGGGCAAAGGUAACAGUUGGGGUGGGGAGACAGGACUUGGCCAAAAAGAUAGCAGGGCCCUGGGAAAUGUAUAAUUUAAGGACACCAUUAUUUUUUUUGGAAGGGAAAAUCGAUAUGUACAUUCUGAAAUCAUUUUCUCUGUAAAUGGUUGGAUUUCAUUUCACCCUUAAAGGGAUGCUUAAGGUAAUAUUAAUAAUAAAAACAGCU